CAAUGGAACCAAAAAUUAUUACUCGACCUGAAGAAACAACGUGCGUCUUCACCGAGGGAAUUGAACCAUUCAGGAAUUACAGAUGUGAAGUUCAUUCCAUCUACACUGGACGAGGUGAUUUUAGAGAAACAAGAGUUGAAGGGAAGACUAAGUCUGGAAUACCAAAACAACCUCAUAAUGUUGUCGUGACAGUUCCAGAGAACAAUAAGAUCGAAGUGACAUGUUCAUUAAAUUACAUGGAUUUUAAUGGACCAGACGGAAUAUUCAGUGCAAAACUUCAAGGCAUUACUGGCAGCAGAAAGAACAGCAAAACAUGUCAAUUUAAAUUUGAAGAUCUGAGCUACUUAACAACCUACACAGUGGAGGUGUUUACUGUCAACAGAGAUUUUACCAGCUCACCUGUGAGAAAACAGGUUGACACUAGAUACAACAGCAAAGCCCUCAUCGGCAGUUUGGUCUUCUCCAUUAUCUUCAUCAUCCUCUGUGCUGCGUUCUUCAUCAGGAAGAGGGGAAAAUCCAGGAAUGUUAAUGAAGGACAGGAGCGCUUCUCAACAGUCAUCUAUGCUAACAUGCCGCCUCCCCAAACACAAUAAAGGCGACUGAUGAAGAUCUGAUGGAGCUGCAGAUCAAGAAAACAUUUAAAGUUUUUAUUUUAUUAUGUCUGAGAAAUUUAAAUCUUGAAUACUGCAGCCGAAGGUACA